CUUCUAGCUUCAUUGUUUCUUCCUGACAGGAAAUUCAGGCAGCUUUUGCACAAACUCUUUAAAAACAAGGUUCCACUAACCUAUUAAACAGAAAGAGGAUGAAAAAAUUGCCAAACGUUCUGCAUAGAGAGGGAGAAAAAAAUCUUGGAUUAUUUAUAACACCAAGCUCUUUAAGGUCUCUUCACUCUGUCUGCAAACUGCCUGCUGCUUAGAGGCCACUCCAAUAUUUGAUCAAGAGUCUGGGCGGGCACCAAGCUUGGCAAAUUGCAACUUGCACACACAUGGUUUUUAGUACCCAGGAGGAUCACACAGUCAAACACUGAAGCUCUGAAAAAAGGAGUUUCUUGGUAUAGGUAAAACCAAAGUUUGUGGCACAAUGCACUGGGCUUCUGUUUUGAUCCUAGUUGGCUUCUGUGGAAUAUCCUUGAGCCAAUAUGAAGAUCAGUAUGAGGACAUAUUCUGGCUACAGCAAUAUUUACGCAGCCAAUCUUCCUACAGCUAUUCACCAUAUUAUGAAGAUGAGAUUCCCCCCUAUUUUUCUUACUCUUCUGAGCCAGUUGGAUCCUAUGUUGGAGAGCCUGUCCCUGAACCACCUGUUUCUAAGGAAUGCCCUCAAGAAUGUGAAUGCCCCCCUCAUUUCUCUUCUGCCUUGUAUUGUGAUACACGCAAUCUUAAGUAUCUUCCAUUUGUGCCUUCUCGGAUGAAAUAUGCCUACUUCCAGAAUAACCAAAUUGUGGCAAUCCAAGAGGGAGCCUUUGACAAUGCAACCAAGCUCGAGUGGUUAGCACUGCAUGGCAAUCAAAUAACCAGUGAGAAAAUAGGCAAGAGGGUCUUUGCCAAGCUCAAGAAUCUAGAAAGGCUGUACCUUGACCAUAACAACUUGACCAAAGUGCCUCACCCUUUGCCACAGUCACUGAAAGAGCUUCACCUGGCUUAUAAUCAGAUCUCCAAGAUCCCAUCCAAUGCCCUUGAAGGCUUAGAGAACCUCACUGCAUUGUAUCUCAGCAACAACCAUAUCCAAGAGAUAGGAUCAAAUCUCAAAUGGUUAAACUCUCUGAUCCUUGCAGAUCUGAGCUACAAUCAGCUCACAAAAGUUCCUGGUGGGCUUCCAAGCUCCUUAGAGCAACUCUAUUUGGAGCACAAUCACAUAAAUACAGUCCCUGAUGAUUACUUCAAGAUCUCUCCUAAAUUGCUGUAUGUACGAAUGUCUCACAACAUCCUGACAAAUGAAGGUCUCUCCGCAAAUGCUUUCAAUACUAGCAGCAUUCUGGAACUUGACCUCUCUUACAACCAGCUUCAGAAGAUCCCACGAGUCAGUACAAGCCUUGAAAAUCUUUAUCUUCAAGGGAACAAAAUAAAUGAAUUCACCAUCAAGAGUUUUUGCAGCUUUGUAGACAUCAUGAAUUUUUCCAAGCUACAAGUCUUGAGGCUGGAUGGGAAUGAGAUCCGUCGCAAUCAUUUGCCCUCAGAUGCUCCACUAUGCCUGCGGUGGGCCAAUGUCAUAGACAUUUAACUAUUUCACUUGUUUCUUUCCUUAGAUCGCCUCCAUCAUAUGAACAAGGCCAAAUACCUCCUGAAAUCCUAUGGCACAAUGAGGAUUCUUCCUCACUUUUAUUACUGCUUCAUUUGACUGAGCUUCCUCAGUGGUAUAAUGUAAGAAGGAUUGGUAACCUGAUCACAGAGGUGUUGUUUAUAAUAGUCAAUUCGGUAACAACAAAUAGGCCAUCCAAAUCUUUGCUUACCUCUUUCCCACUUUGUCUCUACCAUACUAUCCUGUCUUCAGCAAUCACUUACCCAGUUUUCAUGACAUGCUGUUGGGUAGUGCUCAUUCUCUUUGGUGAGCAGUACAGAAGUCUUUUUCUUUACAAGUGUUUCAUGUGUGUAGCAUUAGAAAUUCAAUGCCAGCUGGGAUAACUUUGGGAUUUAGUUUUCCAUGUGGGUGGACAGCAAUGAAAAAGUACUGUAGCAUAUAUGCAGUGGGAGUGGAUAAGACUAAAUCCAAGCAAAAUGAAAACAGAUUAAAGCACGGGUGUCAAACUCACCGCGUCAAGUGACCUGUCAUGAUCUAUCGUGACUUUUUUUGUAUUCCGGUACUGGGGUGGGCGUGGCUUCCACAUGAUGCAACUGGUCCAGCAAUUUUAUACCCCUGGAUUAAAGGGUUGGCCACCCAACAAGGAACAAUUAGAAAGAUGCAUUAGGCAAACAGAAAAAAAAAAAAACAAAGCCAAGAGAGAAAUCAAUAACAAGUUAGUUGACAGUAUAAUUCUCCAGGUUUUAGUUGCCAGCUAAGUAGCAUCAUUUUGUUUAUUCUUCUUUCUUUUCCAUUAGUUUUAACAUACACAAUACAACAACACACAUUACCAGUGGGGAAUCAAAACUCCAACAAGCUUAGCAACACAUAAAAAUUGCAUGUUGAGCUAAUCCUGAUGCUAUACAGCAAAUGUCACCAUUAUGUUUCCAAACCCUAAUAGAUGCUUGUCAUUUAUAAUAGUCAUAAUUUAGCCCCUAGAAAGACACAAAUAUAGUUUUGCACUUAAAUAGUUUCAGUAAGACCCUUUCUCUCCAUUUUUUUUCCAUUCUUACUUUGCUCUAAUGCUCCCAUUUAAUCUCUUAAUGUUCUGCAGUCAGUGCUGUUGUAGCAGAAGGACUUUAAGUAAUAUUUCCGCCUCCAAUUGCACUUAGAGAGAUUAAAAGAAGUAACAGAGACGUCAAACCUAACAUUUUCACACAGUUUGAUGGCAGCCUUAUAGCAAUAGAAAAGCUUCAUUCAUAUCACAUCCCGGAGGGGUGGAGAGAAAGAGUAUCCUUUUCAUUUUCAGGAGAAAAGAACAUUUUACUAUGUAAACUUCUGAUGGCAUUGAGCCCCAUUUGAGGCUUCCUACAACCUACAAUCCUACAACCACCAGGUUUUUUUUUUUCCUUUCUUCUGUUAUAGUGCAAUGCAAUUCAUUACUCAAUGCUUUCAGCAUGCGUAUUUUAUAUUCCUUUCCAUGUGCUGCUUGAGUGCAUAUAAACAAUGCUACUGUUUGAAGGCAUGUUUCUAAAUAGUAAUAAAAUGCAAUGAGAACCAUAGGCAUUAAAAUGGUUGGUAAGAUUCAGUAUCAUACAAGCAAGAUGUUUAGUCAGCAUAUAAUGAAGAAUUGAGCGUUUUAGGCUUGUACUACUCUGUAUGUUCCCAUUUCAGCACAAUAAUCCAAUAAAAGGUGCAUCCUAAAUCCUUGUUAUAAUAGCAUUGCUUUCUUGGUUCCUGUAAGUCUAAUUACAUUUGCUGUAAUUUGUUUGCUUGACUGUAGAAUUGCCUGUGUUAAAUUUCAUGCAAAUCAUAGUACAGUACCAGCUACUGCCAUAAGAAUCUAUGGUGCUUUCAUCUAUCAUCCAUUGAGUUCUUUCAUUUCUAUAAAAUUCAUGGAGGGAAAAACAAGAACAAGGAAAAAAUAGGUCUUGGGAGAUUCUGAGACACUCAAAAUACCAUCAAAACCUUUUUGUAUGUGUAAAAUGCAUGCUGACAAUAUUUUAAAAAUGUAGAUGCAUGAACUGUAGAUACCAUUAUUGCUCAAUAAAAUCCUUUUUAUAAUUGCA